CAUGGACCGGAUACACUGCAGUCCAGAAGCGCACCUGGCUAACUUCUCCGUAAACGGUAAGGAGCAACCGCCGCAGUGGAAACAGCGGAAACAAAAUCAAGCGCAAAAUCUGGACAUGAAUUAGCACUGGGAAGCCUACACAUUUACGAAGAACAAAAGACAAAUUAAUACGUAGAUAAUUUCGAGAAUCAACAACUUAACGCGACCCUUUUGAUCUCCUUCGUACUUCUGCACAGAUAGUUUUCAAACCCAGUUCUCAUAACCUUCUCCAUUUUUUGAUAUAAAUAAUGGAUAUGAAGCCCAAGAAGAAAGUUAUUACAGAGAAUGGGGAUACAGGAGAGGACUUAGUGCUUGCAACUUUGAUCGGGAAUGGGGAUGAUGUGGGUCCUCUUGUUAGACAUGCAUUUGAAACUGGGCGGCCAGAACCACUAGUCCAGCAGCUAAAGAAUGUUGUGAAAAAGAAAGAAACUGAAAUUGAGGACCUCUGCAAGACGCACUAUGAGGAAUUUAUUCUUGCAGUUGAUGAGCUUCGUGGUGUGUUGGUUGAUGCUGAAGAGUUAAAAAGUGAUCUUGCUAGUGAUAAUUUUAAGUUGCAAGAGGUUGGGAGUGCUUUCUUGGUAAAACUUGAAGAGCUUCUGGAGUCCUAUUCAAUUAAGAAAAAUGUGACUGAAGCUAUAAAAAUGUCAAAGACCUGCAUUCAAGUCUUGGAGCUAUGUGCUAAAUGUAACACUCAUAUCUCUGAGGGUCAGUUUUACCCUGCACUGAAAAAUUUGGACCUGAUUGAGAAGAACUACUUGCAGAAUAUCCCCCUGAAAUCACUCAAGAUGGUGGUAGGGAUGACCAUUCCAGUAAUAAAAUCACAUAUUGAGAAGAAGGUUACUAGUCAGUUUAAUGAGUGGCUAGUUCAUGUCAGAAGUUCUGCAAAGAAUAUUGGACAGACAGCAAUAGGUCAUGCUGCAUCAGCACGUCAGAGGGAUGAGGAAAUGCUGGAACGACAGAGGAAAGUGGAGGAGCAAAAUGUUUCAGCAUUGGGAGAAUUGGCAUAUACUUUGGAUGUGGAGCAAAGUGAUGAUGAUGCAAUUUUAAAGUUUGAUCUUACACCUCUUUAUCGGGCAUACCACAUCUAUACUUGCCUUGGAAACUCAGAGCAGUUUCGUGAAUAUUAUUAUAAGAAUCGGAUGUUGCAGUUAAGUUCUGACCUGCAAAUCUCUUAUGGACAACCAUUUGUUGAAUCUUAUCAAACUUUUCUAGCACAAAUUGCUGGGUACUUCAUAGUGGAAGAUCGAGUCCUGAGAACUGCUGGUGGCGUCUUGUCUGCUGAUCAAGUUGAGACAAUGUGGGAAACAGCUGUAGCUAAAAUAACAUCUAUUUUGAAGGAACAAUUUUCUCAAAUGGAAUCUGCAACACAUCUUCUUCUGGUGAAGGAUUACGUUAGUCUUCUUGUGUCAACCCUCAGACAGUACGGGUAUGAAAUGGGUCCAAUUAAUGAGACAAUGGACAAUAGCCGAGACAAAUACCAUGAACUCCUCUUGGAAGAGUGCCAGCAGCAAAUUACCAAUGUUCUUUCAAAUGAUACAUAUGAACAGAUGAUAAUGAAAAAGGAUACUGACUAUCAGAGUAAUGUUCUGGCUUUCCAUCUACAGACUUCAGAUAUAAUGCCAGCUUUCCCAUAUAUUGCACCAUUUUCUGCCAUGGUACCUGAUUGUUGCCGCAUUGUCCGUUCAUUCAUCAAAGGGUCUGUUGAUUACUUGUCUUAUGGAAUGCACACUAAUUUUUAUGAUGUUCUGAGGAAGUACCUUGACAAGCUCUUGAUUGAUGUCUUAAAUGAAGUUAUACUUGAUACGAUUCAAGGUAGCGGUAUUGGUGUAUCUCAAGCCAUGCAGAUAGCUGCAAACAUAGCAUUUUUUGAAAGAGCAUGUGAUUUUUUUAUUCGACAUGCUGCCCAACUAUGUGGGAUCCCAACCCGAUCAGUAGAAAGGCCUCAAGAUACUCUAACAGCAAAAGUUGUCCUUAAAACUUCAAGAGAUGCAGCUUAUCUUGCUCUGUUGAACUUGGUGAAUGCUAAGUUGGAUGAGUUUAUGGCACUUACAGAAAAUAUCAACUGGACUUCAGAGGAAAUUUCUGAAAGUAAUAGCGAAUAUAUGAAUGAGGUGGUUAUUUACCUUGACACUAUUUUGUCAACAGCACAGCAAAUUUUGCCUUUGGAUGCUCUGUACAAAGUUGGAAGUGGGGCUCUUGAGUACAUUUCUAAUUCUAUUGUGUCAGCAUUUCUUAGUGAUAGUGUCAAGAGGUUCAAUGCAAAUGCAGUCAUGGCUCUAAACAAUGAUCUAAAGAUGCUAGAGAAUUUUGCUGAUGAGAGAUUUCACAGCACUGGCUUGAGCGAGAUAUACAAGGAUGGUAGUUUUAGAAGCUACUUGGUAGAAGCUCGACAACUAAUAAACCUUUUGUCCAGCAGUCAACCAGAGAACUUCAUGAAUCCUGUGAUUAGGGAGAGGAAUUACAAUGCUUUGGAUUACAAGAGGGUUGCUACUAUUUGUGAAAAAUUCAAAGAUUCUGCAGAUGGGAUCUUUGGGAGCCUUUCAAGCAGAAACACGAAGCAAAGUUCUAGAAAGAAGUCAUUGGACAUGCUGAAGAAAAGAUUGAAAGAUUUCAACUGAGAAGGAUUCUAUGGCCAAAAACAAAGGAAAAAUACUCAGAAGGAUUCAACAUUCUCUCUACGUUAGAAGUAGUUGUGCCUAAUUUCAUAUAGAUAUGUCUUCUUCCUUUUCCAUAUUUCCAUUGAUGUUCGGAAUGACAUGGAUUGGUUUGCUUUGAUGUUAAUAAAGUUCUUUAUUUUUC